GUUUUUUUGGUCUUCGAGAGAGACGUAGAAGGAGUUGGGUUUUGAGGGGUUGAGGAUUAGUUGGAGGAAGGAAUAAAAAAUAUAUAUAAAAUAAUAAUUUAAAAGGGAUAUUGUUUGGCAUUUAUAGAGGAAAGGAUAAGCAAGUUUCUUUAGACAGAAGAAGAAGAUAGAAAGUGAGAUCGAGGUUGAAAUGGGAAGGAGUCCUUGCUGCUCUAAAGAUGGGCUGAAUAGAGGAGCUUGGACGGCUAUUGAAGACAAAAUACUCACUGAGUACAUCAAGGCGCAUGGUGAAGGAAAAUGGAGAAAUAUUCCACAAGAGGCAGGUCUUAAGAGAUGUGGGAAGAGUUGUAGGCUCCGGUGGCUGAAUUAUUUGAGGCCUGAUAUCAAAAGAGGCAAUCUAAGUGAAGAUGAAGAAGAUCUUAUUUUCAGACUUCACAGACUCUUAGGAAACAGAUGGGCUCUUAUAGCAGGGAGACUUCCAGGGCGAACAGACAAUGAAAUUAAGAAUUACUGGAACACCAAAUUAUCAAAAAGGGCACAUGCGAAACAACCAAAUCAUUCAAAUAUUGCGAAGAAAUCUGAAAUCGAAACGGUUAACGAGGUCCCCAACGAAGUGCGGUGCAGCCGUGAUUUUGUCACUUUACAACAACAUGAAAAAACUGAAAAUCGUGUUGCAGUUGAGACGCCAUCCAUGGCUGCAGAAUCCGAAUUUAAUGAUGGCUCAUUUUCGUUCGUCUCUAAUGAGCAACAUUCCUCGGGUCACAUGAUAGAUUUUGAUGAGUGGGGUAUAAACCUCUCAGAAAUUCUUGCUUCCAGUUUCAACAAGCUUAGCGAUUUCGAUGAUGUGAUAGAAGGAGCAAGAAUUAACAGUGAGAUCGAGGCCAAAGGCAUAGAAGGUGAAGCAUAUCUAGUAAAAGAGAAAAUGGUAGAGAAUCGGGAUGACGGAAUUGAUUGUUUUGAAGCUAAGAUGGAAUCGGGUUUCGGAUCUUCUUCUCAUGAAUCAUCUGAAGAGUUUUGGCUGUUCUAGUUAUUUUAUCUAGCUGCGUGUAAUAGUUCUAUAGUGGUACUGUAAUUCAGUGAAGGCUCCCCGUUGUCGUCGUCGUUUGUCCGAGUCUAGAUUUGAUUAUACAGAUGCAUGUAUCUCAGUCGAUCUCAUCAAUCAAAUACGAUGGGGUGGGGCUGCUGAUUAGGCACUGUUAACUUUGUACUUUGAAAUUGGAGCCAAUUAAAACGCCUGCAAUCGUCUCAAAUGUACCUAAUUGGCAUCUAAAGGACAUUUCUUUCCGGGAAA